UUUGACAAACGCAAUCCUGUUUUGCUGCCCGGAGAGAUCUUCAAUUGCACAAGGGAUAUUGUGUUCAUAUCUAAACUUUCGUUUGGAUAUAAAUUUUUCUAAAUUUUAAGCGUCAACAAGAAGCUUAUAACCAAUCAUGGGCGGACACGGUGAACCCUAUAAAGUUCCACAUCCAUCAAUCUACAAAGUGGAAAACAUUCCCAAGCUACGUGAGGUGCAAGAAGCAUUAGCGCGCCAAGGAUUGAAGGAUCCAUGGUUGAGAAAUGAAGUGUGGCGUUAUGAGCCAAGCACUAUGGGCACACACGCCUCCCGCGCACGCGCUUUCUUCCUGCGUGGUUUGUUGUGGGGCACAAUUGCUACUGCCAUAACCGUUGGCUGCGAGUAUGCUUUCAGUUCGAAAGAUGAUCAUGGUCACGGGCAUGGUGAGCACGCAGAAGGAAGUCACCAUUAAUCACAGUCAUUGAAGAUGAAUCCUCCCUUUACUUCUAUGUUUGAAUGGAGCAAAUGUAAUUCAAUUCGCUUGCUGUUAUUCAUAGUUAGCCGGCAAUAGAUGUACAGCAAUGUACCAAAUAAAGCGUUUAGGAUAAAAUUUAAUUUGAAA